AGAGAGAGAGAGAGAGAGAGAGAGAGAGAGAGAGAGGCGGAGUGAGGACGGGGGGAGACAGGGCAGACGGACCGAGCAGCAGUCCGUCCCCGCUGGUUGAUCUUGUCCGUGCUCCAUCCUCGGCGCUGGGUGAGGCUUCCACACUAAAAGCAGCAUUAAUCAUUCUAAAAGCCUCCACUGAGAGAUUCCUGAUGAAUAAGUUCAGCUCUUUUAUCCCGUGAUGGACUAUGACUGGUAAACUCAUCUCCCAAUUCAAGGUGGUCCAACUGGGAAGAUAAACCAUUUGUCAUCUGUACAUCCUACACCUCGUCCAGAAAAAUGAGGACUUUCUUUCUGGGCAUUGUAUGUGUUCUCUGUCUUGGCCUGUCCUUGGAUGCAUUGUCUUUGAGUGGAUGGAGGACAGAGACACUAGAUGGAGAGUUAACUGAAGCUGGGACCACAGGAAACAAGCUUCUCAAAAGAGUGAGACGUGGCUGGAUGUGGAACCAGUUUUUCCUGCAAGAGGAGUAUACAGGCAGCGACUACCAGUACAUCGGCAAACUCCAGUCGGACCAGGAUCAUGGCAAUGGCUUAGUCAAGUACGUUCUGUCGGGCGAGGGGGCCGGCACCAUCUUUGUCAUUGAUGAGAAUAACGGUGACCUGCACGCCACUCGCCGCCUGGAUCGUGAGGAGAAGGCUUUUUAUAUCCUAAAAGCCACAGUGGUUAAUAAAAGGACGGGUCAUAAGCUGGAACCUGAGACCGAGUUCAAGGUCAAACUCCAUGACAUCAAUGAUAAUGAGCCUCAGUUCAGCAAAGAAGUUUAUACCGGCAGUGUACCAGAGAGGUCGGACAUUGGUACAUCAGUGAUCCAGGUGACAGCUACAGAUGCUGAUGACAGUAUGUAUGGGAAUAGUGCCAAACUGAUCUACAGCAUCAGCCAAGGACACCCAUACUUCUCUGUGGACCCAAACACAGGUGUCAUCCAUACAGCCUUGGGUCCUGCUGACAUGGACCGCGAGCAGAGGGAGCACUACCAGGUGGUUAUCGAAGCUAAAGAUAUGGCCGGACAGAGAGGAGGACUCACUGGAACCACCACGGUUAACAUUAGCCUCACUGAUGUCAACGACAACCCUCCCCGCUUCACUCAGAGUAUUUACCAGUUCAGAGUUCCUGAGUCGUCCAAGUCUGGUGUUCCAGUUGGGAAAAUUAAAGCCACUGACAGAGACAUCGGGAAGAAUGCUGAGAUGUAUUUCACCAUUGUCAGCGGAGACGGCAUGGACAUGUUUGACAUCGCCACUGACAAAGACACACAGGAGGGAGUCAUCACUGUUAGCAAGUCUCUGGAUUAUGAGAAGAAGCCGUCCUACACAGUAGAGAUCCAGGUCCAGAACACCCAGGUGGAUACUCGCUUCAUGUCUGCAGGCUCCAAAGACAUGGCCACAGUUCGGAUUGCGGUGGAGGACGUGGACGAGCCGCCACUGUUUGAUAAAGCAAGCUAUCUGAUGGAGGUGAAGGAAGAUGCUGCAGUGGGCGUGGCUGUGGGCUCAGUCAGUGCCAUUGACCCCGAUGGAGCUCGUAGCAUUGUCAGGUACUCUAUCGACCGCCGCACUGACAUGGACCGCCUUUUCAACGUACAUCCAGGGAAUGGCUCUGUGUUUCUGCUCAAAAGCCUGGACAGAGAGAAGACUGCCUGGCAUAAUAUUUCCAUCAUCGCCACUGAGUUCCAUAAUCCCCGUCAGAGCAGCCAUGUUCCGGUCUACAUCCGCCUGCUGGACAUCAACGAUAACGCUCCCAUCUUUGCAACCGUAUAUGAAACCUUUGUCUGUGAGAGGACCAAGGCUGGUCAGCGGAUCCAGACAGUGAGUGCCGUCGAUGCCGAUGAGCCGUCAGCAGGACACAAGUUUUUCUUUAGCCUGGCUCCUGAGGGGACCCACCGCAGCAACUUCACUGUCCGUGACAAUGGAGAUAACACUGCUGGCAUCCUGACACGUCGAGCCAGCUACAGCCGCCGUCAGCAGAGUGUCUAUCUUGUUUCUGUGGUGAUCACCGACGGCGACUACCCCAUGCAGAGCAGCACCGGCACCCUCACUGUGAGGGUGUGUACCUGCGACCGUGAUGGCAACAUGGAACUGUGCAAUGCUGAGGCCCUGAGCAGCUCUCCUGGUCUCAGUACCGGCGCGAUCAUUGCCAUCCUGCUGUGUGCCAUCAUACUGUUGAUGAUUGUGGUUCUGUUCACAGCAUUGAAGCGCCAAAGAAAGCAGGAACCUCUCAUCAUCUCCAAGGAAGAUGUACGGGACAAUGUGGUGAGCUACAAUGACGAGGGUGGAGGAGAGGAGGAUACUCAGGCUUUUGACAUUGGUGCACUGCGACACCUGGAUACUGUUGCCACCUUGGAGGAAUCCUCUAAACACAGGCGCGAUAUCGUCCCCACUGACACCCUGCUUUACCCACCACACCGCCGACCUCCCCCCGCCACAUCUGGUCUCAUGAUGCCGCCAAUGUGCACGGCGUCACGGGAUAAUGGGAAAGUACGUGAGUUCAUCAAUCAAAGAGUAUUAGAGAACAACUGUAACCCAACAGCACCGCCCUAUGACUCGCUCGCCACCUACGCCUACGAGGGUGCAGGCUCAGUGGCCGAGUCACUGAGCUCACUGGCCUCAGCUUCAUCGGACACUGAGCAGGACUACCACUACCUGAGUGACUGGGGGCCCAGGUUCAGGAAACUAGCUGACCUGUAUGGGGCUGAAGACAGUGACUUCUCCUAACAAAAGCAUCACAAAUGCACACACACACGCAUGCACACACACACACACACAUACACACUCACUUAAAGUCAAAGACAAUACAGGGCCAAAGACAGUAUGUCUAACUACUAGAGAUUCAAUUUUGGAUCUUGUGAUCACUGCUGAAGAGCUUUAACAAAAGGUGAAAUCUCCACAUGAUGGACUAACAGAUGUUCUAGCAGAUGCAGAAUGCCACAUGAUCCUUGACCUGCCUUCAGUGUACAUGGAGCCAAGUCUUCCAGACACCCUAAAUAUUUGAUUGUGGGAAUGCAAACUAAUGGAUGUCUAAAUGUAAAUUAACCAGGACAACAGUAGAGCCCAUCAGUCUUCAGUUCCACAGUGUGAACCUCUUCAAAGACUCAGGUCUGAAUGGAGUUUUGAAUCUAAAAUGGACUGUAUUUUGUAUUGAGAAUUGGACUUUUAAUACUUACCAAAUAACCUUUUUGCAGAGUAUUUCUUGUGGCUUAAAAGUGAAUGGAGGAAUGUGUUGGGAAGCAGGUCAGUCACCAACAACACCACUUACCUCUGCAAACAGGAAAUGAUGAGUGUGAGUCUUGUUUUUCGUUAGUGUGUUUUUGUUUGACUAAGUGCCCUUCUGCUGCCCUUCAAGCUGAACUGUGAUGCCUGGCAGUUGGCUGAGACUGGAGGGGGCUAAUGACUCUUAUAUGAUUACUUAUUGUCUUUUUUGCUGUCUUUUCCAAAUGGACCAUUCAAAGAGGGGCUGUUUCGGAGGAUCUUCGCUUAAAAAAAACUGCCUUCUUCGGGACACAGAGUAAAAAAGGGGACCGUUUAUAUUGACUUAAUGCACUGAUAUCUUUAUGUUGAUGCAGGUAUUUAGAUCUUCUUUUUUUUUUUUUUAGCUCCUGACUGAGUAUCUGUUGUGUCAGAAAUGUGGUUGAACUGAGUUCUAAGUGCUGUAUCAUAGGCAACUGGACGUGUUUCAGUCUUUGAAGACCUUUCACCUCUCAUCCAAGUGGCUUCUUUAGCCUCCUUACAGAGUUGAAACUCAGGGCUCACACAUGUCCUUAAUGACUCUGUCAGGAUACUCCUACACAGAGUUCACAAGCCUGCAACUCACCUUCUCCAGUUAGUUAGAACUGAAGAAGCCUCUUGGAUGAGAGGUGAAACAUCUUCAACAAACUGAAACAUACCGUAGUUGCCCAUGAUACAGCACUUAGAAUUACCAUGACCUGGAUGACUGAGAAUCUUCAUCAACUUCAACUGAGUUGUACUGGUGUUAUACUGAGUUCAAAAUUCUGACUUAAAUCUCUGGAUUCUGAGUAAAAAGUGAGAUCUCAAAUACAUUUUUUACAGUAGCCCUAAUACUGUUCUGUAUAGGUUUUUACCAUGACAACACAUUCAAGUUAUCUAUCAGCUUGUCAAGGAUGAACGCGACCAUGUCAAUCUUAGAGCAUAACAUUGGCUUAACAUUUUCAUCUGUAGAGUGCAUUCAGAUUGAUUUGAACUGAUCACCAGUUAGGCAUGUCAUACCAACAUGACCUUUUGAAAAAGACACAGCCCUACUUGACAGCGAGCACUGCAGCUUGAAUGUGUUUCACUGAGUGGGGAACACAUUUUAAACUUCAUAUUAUUUCAUGCUUGUAAGAUGAUGGUUUUUUUUGUAUUUGAUAAUAAGUAACAUACUCUGGAAACCAAGUUGGUCCGUGUCAUUGUUACAGCUGUCUCUUCUGCUAAGCUCUCUCAUUAAAAGAGCUUGUUCUAAGGAGUCACUCAACAUUGGAAAAUUAAUUCUUCUAAUUCUCCACAGGAAACGUACAGGAAAUAUGCUCUGCUGCCGCUCACGUUACUCAUUUGUUCAACACAAGAAAAAACUAGGCUGGCCCUUUUACUAGUUUAUUUGCUUGGUUUAUUCAGCCCACCCUUGUUUCUCAUUCAGAGAUCUGAGGUCCUGUUGUUAAUUGUUGUAAUUUAAAGAAACCAGAAGGCAGAGCAAUCAUCAUUUGCUUUUAUGUACUAGUAGUUACUGAAGCAUAAACUCGAAUAUCACAAUAAUCAAACUCAUGUCAGUGCAAUGUUAAGAUUAAGUUUGUUUCUAAAGGAAGAAAGAUGAAAAAUCAUUUACCAAUUUGACUUUGUGAUCCUCAUUUGCUCCAAGAGUUUGUAUAAUGUGUUUUGGCAGUUCUAAUAACAGUAGCAGUUUGCUCCAGUUGUGUUUUGUCAAUGUAGUCUGCUCUGAAGGCAUAAAACAAAAGUAUCAGCAUAUUUUUCUUUAAACUGUAAUUCAUUUUAUUUGUACCUUAAAGGUCACACUGAUGAUAUUCUUGGAGGGGAAAGAUUAACAAGACUUUUUAAUGUAAUUUUGGGGGUGUGAAACUCACUGUGGGCAGUCUAUCAUUGUUAUAUGAUGUAUUAUCUAGUUGUCUGAGUUUAUCAAAAUAAAUUUUUGCAGUCA